GCAAGUCGGCUAGCCGCUGCGACGCUGCUGCCUUCUGCCGCUACGCUCCGCCGCAUCGGGGACUUUCGACCCUUUCGACCCCCCGGGCAGCUAACACAGCUAGCUUAGCAAGCUACCACGGCUGUCAUGGAAGACAAAUCUUUCACUAAAGAGUUAGACCAAUGGAUCGAACAGCUAAACGAGUGUAAGCAGCUAUCGGAAAACCAAGUCAGAACACUCUGCGAAAAGGCCAAGGAGAUCCUGACCAAGGAGUCCAACGUCCAGGAGGUGCGAUGCCCGGUGACGGUGUGCGGCGACGUGCACGGGCAGUUCCACGACCUGAUGGAGCUGUUUAAGAUCGGAGGCAAGUCGCCCGACACCAACUACCUGUUCAUGGGAGACUACGUCGACAGAGGCUACUACUCUGUGGAGACGGUCACGCUGCUCGUCACGUUAAAGGUUCGUUUCCAGGAGCGAAUCACCAUCCUGCGGGGAAACCACGAGUCGCGGCAGAUCACGCAGGUGUACGGCUUCUACGACGAGUGCCUGAGGAAGUACGGCAACGCCAACGUGUGGAAGUACUUCACAGACCUGUUCGACUACCUGCCGCUCACCGCGCUGGUGGACGGACAGAUCUUCUGUCUCCACGGAGGUUUGUCUCCCUCCAUAGACACUCUGGAUCACAUACGAGCCCUGGACCGCCUGCAAGAAGUCCCACAUGAGGGUCCCAUGUGUGAUCUGUUGUGGUCGGACCCAGACGAUCGCGGUGGGUGGGGCAUUUCUCCCCGAGGUGCCGGCUACACCUUCGGACAGGACAUCUCCGAAACCUUCAACCACGCCAACGGCCUCACUCUGGUGUCCCGCGCCCAUCAGCUGGUCAUGGAGGGCUACAACUGGGGCCAUGACAAGAACGUGGUGACCAUCUUCAGUGCUCCAAACUACUGCUACCGCUGUGGAAACCAGGCGGCCAUCAUGGAACUGGACGACACCCUCAAAUACUCUUUCCUUCAGUUUGACCCCGCCCCUCGCCGCGGUGAGCCCCAUGUGACCAGACGCACUCCCGACUACUUCCUGUGAAUGUCCAAAGCCAUCCCUGUCCAUCACCCAUGAAGCUCCGCCCCCUUUGGAUUAAAAGAAGAAGACGAUGAUGAUGAUACUGUACCAGGGAGAAUAGAAACACAUGAUUUGGCAGAAUUUGACGUAAAAGAGAAGCUAAACGAGCGCCCCCGCCCCCCCACAGUCGUGUUUUCAGUACGCUGUCAUUAAUGCAACACAUUUACAACGAUCUGUUGAACAUAUAUUGUUUUUUUUUUAAUACAUGUUUGAAACUGAGAUGAUUAAAACUACCAACGUGGACCAAAUGUGCCAUAUUCUGAUCCUUUACAACAUGUACAACGCGCAAGGUUUCUUUUUUCUCUUUCUUUUCCUUCUGCUUUUCUUUUCUUUUCCUCCUUCUUCUUUUUUUCUUUUUUUUUCUUUUGUUAAGCCAGCAAUAUAACCUUCCUACCUGACUUCACCACACCACAUCUCAUGGCAUCUGUGCUUUUUUCCAUUGCAAGAUAAUUAAAAAAAGGAAAAAAAAAAAAAAAAAACAGAAAAAAGAUUGCUUUAAGUAGAACAGCUGUCAUUUUUAGCUGUCAGGCUGCAGCCGGUGGUCAUC